CGCUCUUUGCCUUUGUCUUUACCUGUCCCCGUCCACGACAAAUAAUUCGGGAAACAACCUGAAUUCAAUUUUUAUUUUUCUUAUCAAGGAGAAUAAAAAAAAAAAACUUGUAGACGCGGCAGAAUGUGUGUGUAUAUAUAAAACCCCAAAAAUCUUGGGUGGCCGCGAAGCAAUUUGCUUAGCCUACAGAGAGCUUUGUAGUGUAGUACUAGUAGGGUUUCUCUUUCUCUCAGAGCCAGCCAGUACGCAGCCUCCUUUCUUGCUACCAUUUCCUCUCUCAAUUCUCUGAUUUUGGCCGUUUCAAGAAAAAUCAAAAAAUAUUAACAAGCAAGAGCGGCUUGUUCGAAGAGCCCAAAGAAGGGGGGGAAAAUCUGGUCAUUUCCGAUCUGAAUUCCACGGAGGGAGAUGGGGAAAGAGGACAGGUUUAGUAAUUACUACAGCAACAAUUGUUAUAGUUCAUCGUCGUCAGCGGCGGCGGCGGCGGUGGUGACGACGCGGAGGAGGAGUAAGAUGUCGACGAAGAAGAAGAAGCAGCAGGAGGUGCCUGCAUGGCUGUCGGGGCUGAUGGGGGAGAGGUUUUUCGGGAGCUGCGUGGUCCAUGAGGAGCGGAGGAAGAAUGAGAAGAACGCAUUCUGCUUGCUCUGCUGCCAUGCCAUCUGCCCUCACUGCCUCCCUGCUGAGCACCACACCCACCCUUUCCUCCAGGUGAGGAGAUACGUAUACCAUGAUGUGGUUCGAGUAGGGGAUCUUGAGAAGCUCAUUGACUGCUCCUACAUUCAGUCGUAUACGAUAAACAGCGCCAAGGUGAUAUUCGUGAGCGAGAGAGCACGGUCGAGGAGUGUGGGGAAGGCCGCCACUGCACACAACACCUGCUUCGCUUGCCACAGAAUGCUUCAGCACCAUUUCCAUUUCUGCUCCCUCUUCUGCAAGGUGAAUCACAUGGUGGAGGAAGGGGAGCAGCUGGGCAGCAUCCUGGUGACGAGCGGCGGUACUGUUGGUGGUGGAACAAUGAAUCAAGCAGUUGUAGACGACGACGAGGAGGCUGCUGCUGGGUCGGAGGAUAUGGCGUUCUCGCAGUUCGAGGAUUUGAGGAUGGACGGCUCCUCUGAGAUCACUGACGACCAAUUAUUCGUCAGCAGCAGCAGUACUACCGCCUCCACAUCCGAUCAGAUGAGCAAGAAGAAGAAGAAGAAGAAGAAGGAGGGCCCAUCUGGGUUCCUGCAAGCUGGGAUCAGUGCUCUCUCCUUCGGCAGCAGGAGGAAGGGUGCUCCUCACAGGGCUCCUCUUUCUUAGUUGAAUAUGUCAUCGGUCGUUUCACUAAACGAAGUCUAGAUGAAUUUAGUUUCAGUAAUUCGAAGCAACCAUAUAUAUGUAACAAACAAGCAAAGGAAAAAAAGAGAGAGAGAAGGAGGAGUAUAGUAGUAGCAGUAGUAAGCAAUAUGUAAUGAAUCUAAACUCUAAAGGAAUUGUAGUUCAUGAUCUGUAGCUAG